GUACACAACAGUAGCGCUAGUCCGACAUGAAGUUAUUCAUCGUCUCCGUUCUUGUAGCCGUGGCGACCGCCAAACCCUCAGGGAUCCUGGCUCCGCUGACUUACUCAGCCCCAGUAGCCGUGGCAGCUAUUUCAACCCCUGUGGCGACGCAGUACCACUCCCAGGAUGAGCUAGGGCAGUACUCCUACGGUUACUCAAACGCCCAAUCAGCUAAAGCUGAAGCGAGGGCCGCUAAUGGGCUUACGGUUGGCGGAUACACCUACGUGGAUCCAGAAGGAAAGCUGCAAAGCGUCGAGUAUUCUUCCGACGCGAACGGUUUCCGAGUCGCUGCAUCUAAUCUUCCGGUACCACCAGCGGUACCAGUAGCGCCCGUACUUCCGGUGCCGGUUCCCGUUCAAGACACCCCCGAGGUGGUUGAAGCUAGGGCCAAGCAUCUGGAGGCCGUUGAGGCUUUUAAGACCCAAUCCGCCGAACUCAUCGCUUCCGCCCCAGUUGUAUCAACCGUGGUGAAGUCCAUAUCUCCAAUAGUCCCAGCUGCCCAAUUGGUAGCUGCUCCAGUAAUAACUGCCGCCCCACUUGCAGCUGUAAAAUCGGCAGUUGUAGUCGAACCCGCCCAACCUUCUGCAGAACUUUCCACUGAAGCACCCAGUACGCCUGCACCUGUUGAAGAUGUAUCCGUUGCUGCACCAGAAGCGAAAUCCGCCGAUGCAUCAGCUCCGGCUGCAACUCCAGCUGGAGUCUCUGUUCUGUCAACCCCAGCGAUUGGCGUCAGGUCCCUCGUGACCCCAGCCUUGCCCGUUGGGGUAGCUCCUCUAGUUCCAGCUCCUGCGGCGUACUCCAUCAACGCAUUGCAUCCAUUUGGAUUCAGUUCAAUUGUAGCUCAGCCCGCUCUUACGACGUAUUCGGCUCAAAUUUUAACUUCCGUACCUGGAUCUGUCGUACAAACCAGCGAAACUUCGUCACCAGCCAAAAAUCCUGAACAGAGCAGUGAAUAAUUUUGUUUCGACUUCGAAUUUAGUAUAAUUAGAUAAGUUUUUUUAUAAAUAAAGUUCACUAUA